AUGAUUUUUUCAAUAGUCUUAGCUAUCUUCAUUCAUUUGUUUUUAUUUUUUAUCUCCAAACACGACAUCAAUACCCAAAAUAACCCAACACCAUCAAAACAACCACAAGAACCAGUAGGAACCAAGACAAACAAUAACCCACCACCAUCAACACAACCACAAGAACCAGUAGGAACCAAGACCAACAAUAACCCACCAUCAACACAAUCCCAAAAACCAGUAGGAACCAAGACCAACAAUGACCCACCACCAUCAACACAACCAUCACAAUCUCCACAAUCAAAAAAUAAAUUUGUAGGUGGACCAAAUUUAUUUAAUAGACCAUCACCUUAUCUUGUUCAAUCAACACCACAACAGGGACUUCCAAAACAACACUCAGCUCAACCUCCACAAGAAAGACCUGUUUCGCAAAUCAAAAAAGGAACAUCUCCAGUACCAAAUGGCAAUUCACCAGUAAAAUCUGAUCCGCCACAACCACCAAUGAACAGACCACCAUCAACACCAAACGGGGACCACAAACCACCUCCAGUACCAGAUUGCCAUUCACCAGAAAGACCACAUUCCAAACCAAAACAUAGUGCAUCAAUCCCAGAUUAUAAAAAACUAUUUCAAGCAAUGGAUGCAUUUGAAAAACAACAACAACAACAAGAACAAGAGCAAGAACAACAACAACAACAAAAACAAGAACAACAACAACAACCAACACCACAACCACAACCAACACAAAAUCCAAAUCCAAGACCAAAUCCAAGAACAACUCAAACUCUUAAUUCAACAGGUUCAAGUGGUAGUUCACAUCGUAGUGCAUAUAUUGGUCCAAGUCUGAUUAAUCAGUCAAAUGGUGGAUCAAGAAGUGAUUAA